AUGGCCAUGUACACUCAGCAGCCCCAGCUCGUCCUCGCCGCCCACGGCGCUGUCGUAAACGCCAAGGGCGAGGGAUAUCCCAAGACUUGUACCUGCAGCUGCGGCUGCAGCUCGGCUGCUGAGGGAGAUUCUGGUAAGUGCAAGUACUGCAAGGAGGAGAAGUGCAAGAAGAAGGACAAGAAAUAA